AUGGCGGAACAGCAUGGUGCACCCGAGCAAGCUGCAGCGGGCAAGAGCCACGGCGGCCUUGGGGGCAGCUACAAGGUGAUCGUAUACGAAAUGGAGAACUUCCAGGGCAAGCGGUGCGAGCUCUCGGCUGAGUGCCCCAACCUGACGGAGAGCCUGCUGGAGAAGGUGGGCUCCAUCCAAGUGGAGUCUGGGCCGUGGCUGGCGUUCGAACGCAGGGCCUUCCGUGGCGAGCAGUUUGUCCUGGAGAAGGGGGAUUACCCUCGCUGGGACGCCUGGUCCAACAGCCACCACAGCGACAGCCUCCUGUCCCUCCGGCCCCUGCACAUCGAUGGCCCGGAUCACAAGCUGCAUCUGUUUGAGAACCCAGCUUUCAGCGGCCGCAAGAUGGAGAUAGUGGAUGACGACGUGCCCAGCCUCUGGGCGCAUGGCUUCCAGGACCGCGUGGCGAGCAUCCGGGCCAUCAACGGGACGUGGGUUGGCUACGAGUUCCCCGGCUACCGUGGGCGCCAGUAUGUGUUCGAGCGGGGUGAGUACCGCCACUGGAACGAGUGGGACGCCAACCAGCCGCAGCUGCAGUCUGUGCGCCGCAUCCGGGACCAGAAGUGGCACAAGCGGGGCUGCUUCCUCAGCAGCUGA